AUGGCAGGAGUCGACACCAAUCAAAUUUCCGCUGAGGUGACAGACGAGAAACAACUCGAAUGGUCCAAAAUUGAUGGAUUACCAGUGUUUGACGAAAAUGGUGCUACUCUAAAAUUUGGAGAUCUUUACAGGGAUCAGUUAAGCAUCAUCGUUUUCGUUCGUAAUUCUUAUAAUUUAUACUCCUUUAUGAACACAAAUAUCGUGGAAAGCAUUUCCUCUGAUACGUAUGUAAAGAAUAUGUCGAAGAAUAUAAUUCUUCGAUUAAAAUCUUGCUGUGUAUAUAAGUAUUCUAAGAGGUCUUACGCUUUUCUUAAGGAAGCCAACGUUCGACUUAUAGUAAUUGGGUGUGGAAAGCCUAACUUUAUAAAGAAAUUUCGUCAGGAAACUGGCUAUAACCAUGAUAUGUACUGCGAUCCACAGAGGACCAUCUAUUCAAAAUUAGGCAUGGCAACAACCCUUGCACAUGCAGCACCAAGGUCAGAACAUAUCAAAUCAUCUGAAUUAUCAGGCCUAGCCAAGUCGAUAUGGAGAGGUAUCAAAUCGAUGAGAUUUCAAGGUAAAGUUACGCAGCAAGGUGGACAACUUGUAGUCGGACCUGGUAAUGAAAUCAUAUGCAUGUUCAUGUACACGUAUAACAAAGUAAUAUUAUGGUGUUAA